GUUUGUGAAUGACGUAAAGGAGGGGAAAACAAGAAGAUGGCGUCUUCAAUAUUGAAAAUGUAUUCAUUUGUACAGAAGUCCGCCUCUCCGAGGCGCUCGUGAAUUGUAUCAUUUUAUCAGAUAAUAAAUUUAUAUUCUAACAGAUAAGAUAAAGCCUCGGUUGACGUUAGUGACGCCCAAACAGCUCUCCCUUCAUUGGUUCUCUUCGACAACCCGGCUCCGGUAAAGACCGGGGAGGCGAGCCUCAGUUACAGGAUGGACAGCGGGCAGCACAUCCCGUCUCUGGAAAACAUGGACCCUACGCUGUCAGAACUGGGCAAUGAAUUUACUCUGGGGGAUAUCGAUGAGAUGGUCCAGUUCAUCAGUAACCAGGUGGGGGAUUUUCCGGACCUCUUUGAUGACCAGAUGCCCUCCGCGGGCUCCCUCCAGUCUGGGCCAGCGUCCUCCAACCCAGCCCCCCCCCAGACCCCCAGCACCCCCACUACCUCCCCCGUCUACCAGCCCAGCAAGGGCACCCUCGUGCCCUCAGGGAUGCUGACCCCCCAGUCCAUGCCCCUCACCCCGCCCCAGACCCCCAUCCAGACCAUCUCGGCUGGGCAGCACCAUGUGACCCGUACCCCUCCUCUGCUCCAGCCCCGGCCCCAGCCUCAGCCCCAACACAUCCAGCCCCAUCCCCAGCCCCAAGCCCAGCCCACUAUCCAGGUCCACACCCAGGGCCUCCCCCUGCAGACCCAGACAUUCCCAGUCCACACCCUGGUCCAGACACACAACCAGACCAUGCCCAUCCAGACCCAGGCCCAGACGGUCAUGAUCACCUCCAACGGGGGCCAGUCCCGCUUCAUCCAGAACCCGGUCAUCUGCCACCAGAGCCCCACCACGGGCUUCCAAGUCCUCCAACCACAGAUGCAGAGCAUUAUGACAUCACAGCAGGUCCAGCCAAUGACCAUCCAGCACCAGCGUGUCCUGACACAGAAUGGCCAGACCAUUCAGACCAUCCAGACGCCCACUACAGUUCACACCAUGCAGCCGCAGAUGCAGCAGCUCCUGGUUCACCAGCCUCAGAUUCUGAAGACAGACUCUCUGGUUCUGACCACUCUGAAGCCAGAUGGGACCCAGGUUCUGUCCACCAUGCAGAACCCAAUCACCACCCUGACCACGCCCAUCCAGACCACCGCUCUGCAGGUUCCUACUCUGAUGAGCAGCAACAUCCUGACCACCGUGCCCGUCAUGAUGGGCGGUGACAAACUACCAAUCAAACAGCUGCAGUCGGGUAACGCCCAGUGUGGAGGCGGGAUCAGACAAAUAAUGGACCAGAGCCAGAUGAUGGGGGUGGGGCCAGGGGGCGUGGUGAAGGAGGGGGAGAAGAGGACCACUCACAACAUCAUUGAGAAACGGUACAGGUCGUCCAUCAACGACAAGAUCCUGGAGCUCAGAGACCUGGUGAUGGGCAACGACGCCAAGAUGCACAAGUCAGGCGUGCUGAAGAAAGCCAUCGACUACAUCAAGUACCUACAGCAGGUCAACCGCAAGCUGAGGCAGGAAAACCUGACCCUGAAGAUGAAGAACAAGUCCGUGGUAUGUCUGUCGGAGGACGUGGAGAUGAAGGCGGAGGUAGUGAUGCUGUCUCCUCCUGCCUCAGAGUCAGAGUCGGGCUCCAGCUCUCCUCAGUUCUCUCCCUACUGCAUCGACUCAGAACCUGCCAGCCCUCUGCUGGACCACGAGCUGGUUAAGUGUGAGCCUGACUCGCCCCCCUCAGUGGGAGUGAUGGAUCGGUCUCGUCUGCUGCUGUGUGCCCUGACCUUCCUCUGCCUGUCCCUGAACCCCCUGCCCUCCCUCCUGGGGCCUGAGCCCCCGGGCAGCCCCGGCCUGGCCCCAGGACACGGGCCCUCCAGGACCCUGGUCUGGUUCCCCAGCCAGACGCAGAACUUUGCGUCGUGGCUGUGGUGUCUGUUGCCGUGGGUGAGUGUGUGGGUGCUGAGUGGCGUGGGCGCGGUGUGGGGGUGUGUGAGGGUGCUGCGUCUCUGGGAACCAGUCACCCUCCUCCACUCCCCCAAGUCAGUGUCCUUCUGGAGGCAUCGCAAGCAGGCCGACCUCCACCUCAGCAGGGGUGACUAUGCGGCAGCAGUGACCAGUCUGGAGACCUGCCUGUCAGUCCUGAGAAGAGCUCUGCCCUCCACCAAUCUGGACCUGCUCUUCUCUCUCUCCUGGAACCUGAUUCGCUACUGCCUGCAUCGUCCCACCCCGCUGGGCUGGCUGGUGCAUCAGGUUGGAGGAAAGCAUGAGGGGGAGGAGUCAAAGACCAGCUCACGGGACGCAGCGCUGGUGUACCAUAAGCUGAGCCAGCUGCAGCUCACAGGGAAGCUCCCCCAGCGCGGGGCUCUGUGGUCUCUCUCUCUGUCUCUCAGCGCUCUCACCCUCAGCGAGAGCGCCCAGGGAAAGAUGGCAGCCGCUCACCUCGCCCAGAUCUACGUCACCGCGGCAACCGCCCUUCGCACCGUGCUGGGCCACCACCUCUCCUUCCUGCCCGGUUACCUGCUGAGCGGUGCCGAGAGCGUGGCCAGCCAGUCAGAGUCCAAGCCCGUUCCUGACUGCUUGCGCUGGCUCUUCACCCCAUUGGGUAGGCAGUUCUUCCUGAGCUGUGAUUGGUCGGUGAGGUCAGACAUUGGAGAGGGGGUGUACACCUCCCAGAGAGACCCAGCUGACCCUAUUGCCCAGCUGCACCGUUGUUUCUGUGAGAAGCUUCUGGAGAGAGCAGUGCACUCCCUGCUGCAGCCCCAGGCAGAGAGCGAGGCAGGGAGACACAAGGACUCAGGGGAGUUCUCCAGUGCUCUGGACUUCCUGCACCUGUUGAACAGCAGCACUGAGGAGUCUCUGUCUCCCUCCCCUCCCUUCCCUGCCCAGCCCUGUCACACCACCAUGCCAGUUGCAGACCCAGUGAGUCGCUGGUGGGCGCUGGUCCUGAAAGCGGCGGUUCAUUGGCUGCAGGGUGAUGAUGUCACUGUGAAGUCACUGCUGGCUGAAACUGAGCGCAUGCCUAGGGCUCUGCACACACUGAACCACCCCCUGCCCAAAGCUGUGCUGCUGCUGUGCAAGGCUGUGCAGAUGAGCCUGUCCCCCCUGAAGGGGGAGGGCACUGUGGGCUGCCUGUCUCACUGUGACAGAGCCAGCAGCUUCCUGAGAUCCAGCAUCUCUCUGCCCCCCUCUGCCAGCUGGCUCAACCAGGGGGUGGAGCUUCUGGUGUGUGACCUUCUGUUGACCCUGAGAACCAGCCUAUGGCAGAGAGGAGGCAGCAGCAACGGGGAGCCAGGCCCCGCCCAGGGAGCCCAGCUGGCCGGCUUCCAGAGAGACCUGAGCGCCUUGAGGAGGCUGGGCCAGAGCUACAGACAAGCACAGCACAAGGUGUUCCUCCAUGAGACCACUGUGAGGCUGAUGGCUGGAGCCAGUCCCACACGCACUCACCAGCUGCUGGAGCACAGCCUGCGGCGCCGACCCAGCAGCCCCGGAGACAGCUCAGCUGAUGGGGACUGUGUCCUGGGUGAGAGGGAGAGGGCUCAUGCCAUCCUGCUGGCGUGUCGCCACCUGCCCCUCCCCCUGCUGACCCCGCCUGGGCACCGGGCCCGUCUGCUGGCGGAGGCCAAGCGCACCCUGGAGCGCGUGGGGGAUCGGCGCUCUCUGCAGGACUGUCAGCACAUCCUGCUGAGGCUCAGUGGAGGCACCACCAUCGCUGCCUCCUGAUGACACACACACACAAGCACACACACACACAAGUGCACACCAGGUACCUGUCAGACACGCAUCUCAAAGAACUCGAACAGAGAAGUGGUCCGUGAUGCAUCAUGGAUCAUUGACCAUUCAAAAUGCUUUAGGUGUACCAUUAAUGUUUAACAUGCGCAUGCACACACACACACACACACACACACACACACACAGUACAUAAGAGAUAACAAAAGGGACCUACACUCACUGCCAAUCUCCACCCUGGUUUCUGCUACAGAUGUUCUAUUUGUUGAUAUGUACACUCUUCCGUAGACCCCAAAUGCAUCUCUAGAACCCAUAGACUUCUCUAGACCCCAAAUGCAUCUCUAGAACCCAUAGACUUCUCUAGAACCCAAAUGCAUCUCUAGAACCCAUAGAGUUCUCUAGAACCCAAAUGCAUCUCUAGAACCCAUAGACUUCUCUAGAACCCAAAUGCAUCUCUAGAACCCAUAUACUUCUCUAGAACCCAUAGACUUCUCUAGAACCCAUAGACUUGUCUAGAAGCCCUGCAGUAGUGUCUGUAGAGGUGCUGGAGAAGCCUGGAGCUGUGACCCCAUGAUGACAGGCUGGACAGCUGGUCUUCCUCCAGGACUACUGCUCCUGCCCCGGCUGAGAGCUAAGCUAACUGCAUUAGGGCAGUAGCGAGGACCAGGCAGUGAAAGACACCCAGGAAAUAAGGAUCGACUCCUACAUCCACAGUCCUUUUAUUAACUUAAUCUGGUAGCUAAAGGUUAUACUGAAUGGUAGUCUUUUUUCGGAGUCUGUUUUGAUGAAACCAUGCAUGGUCAGUCUCCAGGAGGGGCCUAAAGCAUGCGUGACGUAUAGGAAGCUGCUCAUGUUGUGGGCAGGCAGCAGUGAAUCCCAACUGAUACAACCAGUAUACAGCUGGCUCAACAUCACCAGAUGGCUGGCAGGGGGACUGACUCGAGGCAGGGGGACUGUCUCGAGGCAGGGGGACUGUCUCGAGGCAGGGGGACUGACUCGAGGCAGGGGGACUGACUCAAGGCAGGGGGACUGACUUGAGGGGCUGGCAGUGUGUGACGUGGCCAGGCCUGGAGGAACACAGGUAGCUGGCUUCUCUCAGCACAGAGUAUGGGAGUGUCCAUAUCUAUCUACCUCACUGACUGUGCUUGGCCAGUGCACUGUAGUUCAGACGAAUGAGAUGCCGUGGAGUCGGGAGAAUAGGAACGUGUACGAACCAGUAGGAGAGAGAUUUUUGAGAGAGGACCCUCACUUGAAUAAAAAAGAUGAUACAGAAAGCAGAUCAUUUUGUAACACAACACACAUAAACAGUCAUAUAAUUGUAUAUAAGUUGUAUAAAGGUGUGGUCGUCAGUCUUAAGAGGAGGGCAGGAAGUCCUUGGAUAUGCUCGAGAUAAAAAAGAAAGAUGGAUGGUGGAGAAGGAGGACGGGACUGAUUCAAAAAGAAGCGCGGUAGCCUAACAUGAAGGUGACUCAUCCACGGGGCAGAGAAGGUGGACGGAGGUGUGGAGGGCUGACCGCGGUUUCUAGAAGGGACCGGUCACAGAUUAAAACUAAAGAUGGUUUCCCACACAAAUAAAACCCGAUCAAGGAGUUAGAGGGACUUUAGGUUUGGAAUCACAGUUUAAAGAUUCCUGAACAUUUAAAAUAUAUGAUGUCCGGGAAUUCUGUCUCCCUAAAUGUGUAGUCUCUAUCAUCGAUCGGAGCAGGAGGGUAAUCUCAAGCAUAAUGGCCUUGAUGAAGUUCACAGUUAUUUUAUUACGAUGUAUUUUCGAUGCUUAAACAGCUGUCAUGGUUGAAUCUCUUAAGUCCAAUUGCUUUUAAAUGUUUCGUCUUUUGGCGCCUAUAGCAGGCUACGUCAUCCCUGUCGUUUUCACUGUGUUCUGGUUUUAUAAUUUUAUGGAUUUGAUAUUAUACAAGCAAGCGCAGUUUUUCGGAAAGCAAUUUGUCAUUUUAUACUGUCAUCGCAACCCAGGGAUGUAAACUGAGAGAACAAUAUUUUUUUUUAUUAGAGUACAAGACAAAAGUAGCAAUACGCAUCGCAGCAAUUUGCAUAGCCCCAAUUCCUGACCUGUCACAACCAUAACUUUUAUUUCUCCGUUCUUUCACAAUGUAGAGUAGGCCUACCGCUUGUCAUGGGUAUGUGUGUACUCUGCUUAACCAAUAAUACACUGUAAUGGUUGCUGAAUGGAAUGGUUGCUGUUAAAAUGUUACAAACUGGCUUUUAGUGUUCUCUCAUGUCUGUGCUGUUUCUAAAUGUCACUGUUUAUUUUAAUUGUGUUUUUAAUAAAACAGCAGAUGCACAGCGAA